CUAUUAUAAAUAUAUAAAAAUGUACCUAUUUGUAAAUUUUCUUAACUUCCGCUUAUCAAUAGACGGAUAGAUUUCUGUUGUAAGGGUUCUUCGGUGGUAUUCAUCUAUGAUUAGUGACUAAAUAAGAUAUGUGGGCCGAAUAGUGAUUCAUUUUGAUUUAAUCCCUCGAGACAAGGUGAAAAAUGGAUAAAACUGCAAUAAUUUUGUAAAACUUUACGGCGCAUGCGCUUGAUAAUUUUCGGCCAUAUUGUGAUGACGCAUACAAGAUCAUAGGUCUCCGCCAGUGACGAGACUUCUCGCAGUUGACGUGGCUACUACGUACCAUCCCGUUCGCCCACUCCGGACGCAGCAUAGACGGUGACGAGGAAUACGUAACUGGAUUUCCCUGUGAACGCAGUCAUCGUGAGAAGCCACGCGAUAAUGUGACCUUAGUGGGCAUGGAAGGAAUGGUAGAAGAGAAUGGCACCUCUGGCGGUGCUGGUUCGGCAGAUCCCUUGGCGAGCGCGAGUUCUUCGGCGGCCGGUGCCGCGCCUCACGUCGUCGCCGUGACGAGUAUUGUGCAGCUCACGUUGCCCUCACAGGCGCCGUCUGCACAGGUUCAAUCAGUAAUCCAACCUAACCAACAAUCAGUGAUACAAACGGCAUCCAAUAUUCAGUCUGUGCAGUUACCAAAAGGAAAUGUUAUACUUGUCAGUAAACCUAGUUCAGUAAUACACACUACUCAAGGGACAUUGCAAACACUACAGAUUAAACCAGAACCAAAUACAGUAGUGAGCACACAAGGACAAUCAUGUAGUGAUGACAGCUGCAGUGAUGAUGAAAGUCCAAAAAGAAAAUACAGAGAGAUGCUGACUAGGCGUCCCUCAUACAGAAAAAUCCUGAAUGAUCUUGGAGGAGCAGAAAUAGCAGAAAAUCGUAUGGGAUCUAAACCAGGAUGCGAGAAUGAAGUGUCGCUGUCAUCUUCUUUAUCAUUUGCACCAGUAAUUCCAGCUGGAGCACUUCAGACAGAAAGCGGUUUACACACAUUGGCGGUAUCAGGAGGUGCUGGUGGCGGUGCUAUUGUCCAAUAUGCGACCAACCAAGAUGCCCAGUUUUAUGUCCCGGGUCCUAUGUUAGAGGAUCAAACACGUAAACGAGAGCUACGAUUGUUAAAAAAUCGUGAAGCUGCGAGAGAAUGUCGUCGCAAGAAGAAAGAAUACAUCAAAUGCCUAGAAAACAGAGUGGCGGUGCUCGAAAAUCAAAACAAGGCGCUUAUAGAAGAAUUAAAAUCGCUUAAGGAACUGUAUUGCCAACAAAAGACAGAAUGAGGUCCAGCUGGCUAACUGGGUGCGCCGCUGCCCGGCCAGUGCUCACAAUAUGGCACAACCUGUUAGUCUGCAUACUCAAGUGCGGGCUAUGAAAUUUCUGUUCAGGUGACAUGUCGGGUUUCCAAGUUCUAUUCUUUUCUGUACAUUUUUAAUAAAUAAAAUCGUCUAAAAAUUGUUUAUGUAUUGGUUGGUUCUGAAAAGCUGCGUUUCUUGUAGUAUUGUUAGAUUUGAUAAUUAUGUUUAAUUGUUAAUUCGUUUUCAAAUUUUCUGUUAUUGUUUUUAAUAUCAGUUUACUUGAGGUUGAUAUUUAUGCAGUAUAGGGAAAGAUAUACAUAUGAAUUUCAUACAUCUUUCCAUUGAUAAUCUAGAUUUUCUUUAUUAUGCGGAGUGAUUGUCACUAUUGUAAAUUGUUUAUUGGCUUAAGCAGUUCUGUUUAUUGUGUUAUUUGUUAGUGUUCCAUACAGAGAAACAGCACUAAUGGGAUGAAAUUGAAAAAUCAAAUAUGAAAUUUUAGCGAGUGUCUUACUGUGACAUUUUUUUUUACAAAUUGUUGUAAAUUUGACAUAGAUAUAAAAAUGCAGUUACGCAAAUAUGGACGUGACAUUUAAAUUUGAUGAAUUGACAUUUAAUGAAGUGAAGCACCCAUUUGAGAAUGUUAAUAAUUAUUGUGUUGCAAUAUCGCUUCUUCCCGAACCUCCAAAACGAUUUAAGCAAAAUAUUACAAAAUAGGACCUUAUUACAAAAUAGAUUGUAAAAUGAGAUUUAAGUGAAACAAUCAAAUUUUCGUUAUUUCCUGAAUCAAAGUCACAUACUAUAAGUUGUAUUUACAAGCCUUGUUGCAGAAAAUGUACGAACAUGAAUUAUUAUGUCGAUUAAAUUUGGCGUAUAUAAUUCUAAAACAUUCAUGACCUAUAAUAUCUCAUAAAAUAAUACCACUGUCUUAGCUAUGAGACUAGAAAUAUCUGGUUCCAAAAGGGGAAGUGUAUAAAAAGUGGUUGUUAUUUCUGGGAUUAGGUUUGUGGAUAUAUCUUAAUGUGGCUACUUUAAACGUUUGUUAUAUAAUUAUGCUUGUUCCAAAACAAUAUAGACCAAAGAUAAAUAAAUCUUCAAAUAUGAUUUUUUAAUUGUCCAAUAUUAAUAAGAUUGCGGUUUUUCCCUUGAAUUAUACCUCACAUCAUCUGAAUAUUACGAAUCGUAUAAAAUAUGUUUAAUCAAUAUGCGUAGAGAUAGGAAAUUAAUUAUAAAAGCAAUCUUUUUGAUAAAUGUUUAUGACAAAUACCCGCAAGUGGUUGUUAGGGCAGUUUUUAUUUCCAAAACUUGAUUGAUUUUGGCGCAAGCAUAAAAGUAUUUACAAAAGAGCGCAAAAGUUAUCAUUUUAUUUGAAACAAUGGUUAACUGAUAUAAUCAAUUUAACCUGUUCUAUAUUGCAUCCUGGAUUAGAUUGAAUAUUACGUAUUCGUUAAAAAAAAAGCGUUUUAUUAUUCGCAAAUAAGUAAUCUAUAAAAAAAUCUUUUCAUUAAACAACUGGAUAUUUUUCGUUAAAAUUUUGCAAAUUAUAAGUAAAGGUAUCAUAUAAUAUGACAUGUGAAAACGAAAUGAGGUAACUAUUGCGCAACUUUAUAAUAUAAUUUUAAUGUAAGAACAGAACUCUGGUUGUGCAAGAACGACUUGCGUUUUUUAGGUAUCACUAUCGACUUGGGUGCCAUUUUCAAAAAUACAUGUUUGUGAUGAAGCUAU